ACAGAAGCAAGUGAAGGAAGCCCUUUGGUUCCUCCUAUAACUCCUGUAAAGGCUACAACCAAGUUUGCAGCAAUGGCCGGCGAAGCUCACCGGGUGACCAUGGAAGUUAGGGCUGAUGGGAUCGCUGUCAUCACCCUCUCUAGUCCACCUGUUAAUGUGUUGCACCUCCAAGCGCUGACAGAGCUGACGAGGAAGUACAACGAGUCAAUGAAGAGAGAUGAUGUGAAAGCAGUAGUUUUGAUAGGUGCUGGCGGUAAAUUUUCUAGUGGCUUGGACAUCAAUCUAUUGCAAGAUAUUCAGAGAACUGGGGACGACUCGUUUCUGGCUGAAAUAUCUCAUGAUUUAAUCAACCUAGUUGAAGAUGGCAAAAAACCUUCUGUUGCUGCAAUUCAAGGAUAUGCACUGGGAGGGGGCUUGGAACUGGCAAUGGGAUGCUGUGCACGGGUUGCCACUCCAGGAACUAAACUGGGUUUGCCAGAGCUUACACUUGGAGUCAUUCCAGGGCUUGGAGGCACUCAACGUCUUCCAAGGCUCGUAGGAGUUUCAAAGGCUGCAGAAAUGUUGCUGACUUCGAAGCUAGUAAUGUCAGAGGAAGGGAAAAGCCUUGGUCUUAUUGAUGCCAUAGCUUCUCCUGAAGAGUUGUUGGAAGUAGCGUGCGACUUGGCUCUAGAUAUUGUAGGGAGCCGUAGACCACGCCUUUCCUCUCUUUCAAGAACCGAUAAACUUGGUUCUACCCAACAAGAAAUGGAUAUAUUGGAAGGCAUUCGGCAGAAGGCGAAAGAGACUGCUCAUACUAUGCCUCAGAAACUGGCCUGUCUUGAUGUCAUUGAAGAGGGAAUUACCUCUGGAGGACGUUCUGGCGUUUUAAAGGAAAAGGAAGUAUUUAAAGAGUUGAUGCUGUCAACUGCUGCAAAAGCUCUUGUCCAUGUCUUCUGUGCCCAACGUGCAACAUCUCAGGUGCGUGGUGUGACUGAUGCUGGGCUUAAACCACGGCCAAUAGAGAAAGUUGGUGUAAUUGGUGCUGGUCUAAUGGGUUCUGGGAUCACCACUGCUCUCAUUUUGAGCAAUAUCCAUGUCAUUCUUAAGGAACUCAAUUCUGAAUACCUUCAGAGAGGGAUUAAAAAGAUCGAAGCUAAUCUCCAAGGCUUGGUUACGAAAGGAAAGUUGGAUGAGAAUGGGGUCAAGAAAGCUCUUUCAUUUCUAAGAGGUGUAUCAGAUUAUUCAGAAUUCAAAGAUGUGGAUUUGGUAAUAGAGGCUGUGAUUGAAGACCUGUCACUCAAACAAUCAAUUUUUGAAGAAAUUGACAAGGUUUGUCCCCCUCACUGCAUCUUGGCAUCAGGCACAUCAGGCAUCGAUCUUAAUCAAAUUGGACAGAGAACCAGCUCUCAAGAUCGCAUUGUUGGAGCUCAUUUUUUCAGUCCCGCAUAUAUAAUGCCACUCUUGGAGAUUGUGCGGGCAGAGAAAACUUCUACACAAGUUCUGCUUGAUCUUAUGACAAUUGGGAAGGCCAUUAAGAAAGUUCCUCUCAUCGUUGGAAACUGCACCGGAUUUGCUGUAAAUCGUACCUUCUCUCCUUAUUUUCAAGGACCAUAUCUGUUGGCAGACUUAGGUGUGGACAUUUUCAGAAUUGACAGAGUGAUUUGUUCAUUUGGCUUGUCAAUGGGGCCUUUCCAGCUUCAUGAUGUAACUGGAUAUGGCUUGGCUAUUGCAUUCGCCAGAGAGAUGGCUGGUACCUUCCCUGACAGGACGUUCCAGUCUCCUUUACAUGAACUCAUGCUUCAACAUGGCCGACAUGGUAAAAGCAAUGGAAAAGGCUAUUACACUUUCGAGAAGGGAAGCAAGCCAAAGCCUGAUUACACCGUGCUACCAAUAGUUGAGGAGUCCCGGAGAACUACAAACCUCGUUGAGAAACCCAUUUGCAUAAGCGACCAAGAAAUCAUGGAGAUGAUAUUCUUCCCGGUGGUGAAUGAGGGAUGCCGCAUUAUAGAGGAGGGAGUGAUUGCUCAGGCAUCAGAGCUUGACGUUGCGUCUGUUCUUGGGAUGAAUUUCCCUUCCCGCCUGGGAGGUAUAAUUUUCUGGGCUGAUACUAUUGGAGCAAAGUACAUAUACACAAGUCUCAACAAGUGGUCCGCUCUGUACGGUCCCUUCUUCAGACCCUCAAGAUUCUUGGAAGAGAGGGCCAUGAAAGGCAUCCCAUUGGGUGCACCUGUUGAGGCAUAAGCUUUGAGGUCGUAACUCCUAGCAGGCUAGCGCAGGAGAAAUAAAAAGUGCCCUUAUCUUUCAAGAAACAAAUUUGCAGUCAUUUGUUCUUGUGUAGGUGAGACUGAAGUUAUAGGUAUAGUAUUUUACUAGUGGCAGCGGCUUUUGAGCAAAGUUUCCCCUUAACAUGUAAGGGAAAAACCUUCUUCUCAUCCUUUCAAAUAGUUACUAUUAUAGGUCUGCUGAAAUAACCAAGCUAUGUAAUCUGAUGCUGUUCAUAUGAAUAAUAAUAGCAAUGCCAAGGGUUGCGGUCACCAA